AUGGAGACUUCUGUUCCUGGCGCUACGCAAACUGGUACUGGCGGUGAUUCUUUAACCGUUGACUUGAGUGCUCAAUUCGGUGGAGCCGAUAUGGUCUGGGUGGCCAUUUCUGGUGUGAUUGUGUGGAUCAUGGUUCCUGGCGUGGGGCUUUUGUACCUGGGUCUUUCGAGAAAGAAACAUGCGCUUUCGUUGUUGUGGGCGUCCAUUAUGGCGCUUAGUUUGACUACUUUCCACUGGUUCUUCUGGGGGUUUUCGCUUGCCUUUUCACAUUCCGAUAGUAGUGGGUUCCUUGGCAGUUUGGACAAUUUUUGUCUUAUGGACGUGCUUGGGGCUCCUGCCGUCGUGGAUUCUAUUCCUGACAUUUUGAUGUGCUUCUUCCAGGGCAUGUUUGCUUGUGUUACUGCUAUUUUGAUGGUUGGCGCUGGCUGCGAAAGAGCCCGUUUGGGACCCAUGAUGGUUUUCUUGUUUAUCUGGUUGACCGUCGUCUACUGCCCAUUGGCCUACUGGACUUGGGGAGGCAGCGGCUGGUUGGCUGAACUCGGUGCUUUGGACUUCGCUGGCGGUGGUCCCGUGCACGAGAAUGCUGGUUUUGCUGCCUUGGCUUAUUCUAUGGUCUUGGGUAAGAGACACGAUCCUUUGACUUCAGGUAAGGUGCCAAAGUAUAAACCUCACUCGGUGUCUUCCAUUGUUUUGGGUACCGUCUUCUUGUGGUUCGGCUGGUUCGGCUUCAACGGUGGUUCUACCGGUAACGCUUCCAUCAGAUCCUGGUACGCCUGUGUCAACACCCAAAUUGCUGCUUCUUGUGGUGCUUUGACCUGGAUGUUUGUGGAUUACUUCCGUACUGGCGGUAAAUGGUCUACUGUGGGUCUUUGUAUGGGUGCCAUUGCUGGUCUUGUGGGUAUUACUCCAGCUGCUGGUUUUGUUCCAGUUUACACUUCCAUCAUCUUUGGUGUUGUGCCAGCUAUUGCUUGUAAUUUUGCUGUGGACUUGAAGACACUCAUUGGUAUUGAUGACGGUAUGGAUGUCUUUUCUUUGCACGGUGUGGGUGGAUUCAUUGGUACAUUCAUGACUGGUUUGUUUGCUGCUGACUACAUUGCCCAUUUGGACGGUGCAACCGAAAUCGACGGCGGCUGGAUGAACCAAAACUAUAUCCAGUUGGGUUACCAGUUGGCUGCUUCGGUCUCCAACGGUGCCUGGUCCUUCUGUGUCACUGCCAUCAUCUUAUUCAUCAUGGACAAGAUUCCAUUCCUCAGAUUGCGUUUGCACGAAGAUGAAGAGUUGAUGGGUGUUGACUUGGCCCAGAUUGGUGAGUUUGCCUACUAUGAUAGCGACAACGAGUCUGCCUUGGGCACAAAGAACUCUCCAUAUGUUGCUGAGCCAAUCAGAUCCAACGACCCAAGAGUGGCCCAGUUGAAGGCGGCCGCUCACAAGGAUGAAGAGGAAGCGAUUGAAGGCACUAAUCAAAAGGGAGAGAAGUUCUCCCCUGAGGACUCCAGCGAAAACCACAGCACCAAACAGUAA